ACUGGCAUAAAUGGUCCACCGACAGCCACAACCGCACCAAACCAAACCUUUGCCGGCCUUUCACUUUUCACUUCCUCUUCCCGACUGGUAACAAUGGCGUCCGGAACUCUCUACACGUAUCCGCAAAAUUUCCGUGCCUACAAGGCCUUGAUAGCGGCCCAGUACUCUGGCGCCCAGAUCAAAGUCGCUGAUGAUUUCGUCUUUGGCGAGACCAACAAGACCGAGGAAUUUCUCAAAAAGUUUCCGCUAGGAAAAGUUCCAGCGCUUGAAACAACUGAUGGACAUUAUAUUACUGAAAGUAACGCAAUAGCAUAUUAUGUUGCAAAUGAGCAGUUGCGAGGCAAAACCGAAAUUGAACGAGCAUUGAUUCUUCAAUGGCUUGGCUUUGCGGAUUCUGAAAUUCUUCCUGCAAGUUGUGCUUGGGUAUUUCCUUUGAUAGGCAUAAUGCCUUACAACAAGCAGACUAUUGAGCGAGCCAAAGAAGAUAUACAAAAAACACUCACAACUCUAAACUCGCAUUUGCUCACACGCACUUAUUUAGUAGGAGAGCGACUGACUUUAGCAGAUAUUUGUGUAGCCAUGACAUUGCUACAUCUUUAUCAGUAUAUUCUUGAGCCAGAGCUACGUAAACCUUAUCGGAACCUAAAUAGAUGGUUUCAAACAGUGAUCUAUCAGCCGGAAUCGAUUUCUGUAAUUGGUGCCUUUAAAUUGGCAGAUAAAACUGUUGAGUUUGAUCCUAAAAAAUAUGGUGAAGUUCAGGGAAAGAGUUCAAAAAAAGAAAAGAAAGAAAAGGAUUCUAAGAAAGAAGUUAAAGAAUCAAAGGAGUCAAAAAAAGAGUCAAAAGCUGAAAAGGUUCCGGCAGCGGAAGAUGAAGCCGAUGCAACAGAGGAAGCUUUAGCCGCCGAACCGAAAAAGAUAAAUCCAUUUGCUUCGAUGCCUAAAAGCUCGUUUGAUUUGGAUGAUUUCAAGCGUUUUUACUCUAACGAAGAUGAAUCUAAAUCCAUACCAUAUUUCUGGCAGAAAUUUGACCCAGAAAAUUAUAGCAUUUGGCUUAGUCACUACAAGUAUAAUAACGAAUUAACUAAAAUUUUCAUGUCUUGUAAUUUAAUUAGCGGUAUGUAUCAAAGGUUGGACUCCAUGCGGAAAGGUACAUUUGCUAGUUGUUGUAUAUUCGGAGAAGAUAACAACAAUACAAUCAGUGGUAUUUGGAUCUGGCGCGGACAGGAUCUUGUUUUCACUUUGAGUCCUGACUGGCAAGUAGAUUAUGAAUCUUACAGUUGGACAAAACUGGAUCCGUCUAAGGACGAAACAAAGGAGCUGGUCAAGCAAUAUCUCAGUUGGACUGGCGCAGACAAUGAGGGACGUAAAUUUAAUCAAGGAAAAAUUUUCAAGUAAACUUUGCUAUAUGCAUCUAAUAAAAGGACUCGUAUUCAUGAAA